CCUCCGCGCCGCCUUCCGCCCGCCCCGCCGCGCUCCGACGCGCCAUGAGCUGCCGGCAGCCGCUGCCGAGCGAGCGGGGAGCGAGACAGAGGAAGAGGAGAAGGAAUGGCAAUGAAGAUGAUGGUCACGUUCCCCAGACCAAACGUAGCACCAGGAACACUGUCCUCCAGGACUCGUGGGACACUGAGGUCGUGAGGUUUGACUUGGUGACAUCAGAGAUUGAAAUCAGGAUUGAAUCAGUUUGGAAAUCAGCAUUUCCAGUGAGCCUGGUUAUCCCUGGCCUGAAGAUUUCUGGGAAGAAAUUCCAAAUCCUGCUCUGCAGCACCCAGGGAAAUAAUUUCCUGCUGUUUCUGGUUUUGCUGUGUGGGAUGAGCUGUGACCAGAGCUGGGGAGAUGCUGAGGGUGGAUGUGACCCUGUGCUCACUCUGCCUGACCAUCAACUUUGCCUUUCCUUACAGUCAGGUGAUUUUCUGUGGGAGAAAGACAAAACACAUUCCAGGCAGGCCUUAUCUGAUGUGGAAAAAAAUGCUCUUGUAGUGCUGGUCAGUUUAAGCAAGACUUGUUCACAGCUAAAACACUCAAACUCAAAACUCUUUGUGUUUUUUCUCAUAUUUUCCAUGAUUUUUUUCUGUAUGUGGAAUAAACUCUCUUAUUUUCUUACCCCUCACCAAACAGGUGUUCCCUCUGUGCAAUUUGAGAUUUUUUUUUCUUAAAAAAAAAAAGAAAUUGCUGAUUUCCCAACUGCUGCCAGAUUUCCUGAGAUGUCACCUGGGUGAAUCACCUGAAAAUUCACUGUGAGCAACGUCCUUGUGUUGCAAAACAUUCAUGGAAAAGAGGGUGCAGAGCAGAGACUCCCUCUCUGAAGCUAAUGAAAUGAAUUAAAUUAAUUUCUUUGAAAGUUUUGGAAAUAUCCUUGGCUUUUUAGAGCCUCCUGACUUUGAGGGUGGAUUGUAAUGAGCAAUUACAGUCUGAAUUAUUACAGAACUAACCCAAACAUUCAACUAUUAAUUGUACUUGGGAGAAAAUGUUUAGUUGCUGUGUAACUUUGAGCUCUUUUAUAAUCUGGAAACAGUUUCCAAUGGAUAUUUCUACGUUUCUGUUGCGAGGGAGACUCUCUCUUAACCUGUACAAGUAGAUUAUGUGUUAGGACACUGCUGGAAAUGCUCUAAGAGCUGCUGUCCAUCAUGAAGGAAUUCUCUGGGAUGACAACUGCCCUGUGCUGCUGUGUUUUCAGGAGGGAGAACUUUGCAUUUUGGGGUUGUGCUGGGGAGAAGCAGCCCC